UAGCCAGUUGAUAAACGCGUCUAACAGGGACCGGUUUUGCUUUUGCUCACGCUCAUGACUUCAAUUAAAAGCCUAAAAUUGCUCAACUUCCAAUGGUAAUGGCCGUGAUACUGUUGCUGGCGCUGGCAGUUGUACUCGGUUGCUAUUGCGCUAUACACAGGCAAAAGAUUGGCGCCAUCUACUUGAAGCCAUUGCUGACGCCGCUGGAGGAUUGCUACCAUGCCACGCCCAUUGAGCAGCGCAGGCGUCGCACCAUCUGGGACAUACCAGGACCCAAGCGCAUUCCCUUUCUGGGCACCAAGUGGAUUUUCCUGCUCUUCUUCAAGCGCUACAAGAUGACCAAGCUGCAUGAAGUCUACGCAGAUCUCAAUCGUCAGUAUGGCGAUAUAGUGCUCGAGGUUAUGCCCUCCAAUGUGCCCAUUGUGCAUUUGUACAAGCGCGAGGAUCUCGAAAAGGUGCUCAAGUACCCCAGCAAGUAUCCCUUUCGUCCGCCCACUGAGAUUAUUGUUAUGUAUCGCAAUUCACGCCCGGAUCGUUACGCCAGCGUGGGCAUUGUCAAUGAGCAAGGACCCAUGUGGCAGCGUCUGCGCUCCUCGCUUACCUCCAGCAUUACCUCGCCGCGUAUACUGCAGAACUUUUUGCCCGCGCUCAAUGCAGUUUGCGAUGACUUUGUGGAGCUGCUGCGCGCUCGUCGCGAUGCGCAGACCAACAUAGUGCCCAACUUUGAGGAGCUGGCGAAUCUAAUGGGUCUGGAGGCGGUCUGCACUUUGAUGCUGGGACGCCGCAUGGGUUUUCUGGUACCCAAUGCUAAGCAACCGGAGAAGAUUAGCCAGCUGGCUGCUGCGGUAAAGCAGCUGUUUAUAUCACAGCGCGACUCCUACUAUGGGCUGGGGCUGUGGAAAUAUUUUCCCACCAAAACUUAUAGAGACUUUGCGCGCGCCGAGGACUUGAUCUAUGAUGUUAUUUCAGAGAUUAUUGAUCAUGAGCUGGAGGAGCACAAGAAGUCAGCAGCUUGCGAGGAUGAGGAUGCCGCAGGACUACGCAGCGUUUUUCUCAACAUACUCGAGCUCAAGGAGUUGGAUAUACGCGAUAAAAAGUCUGCCAUUAUAGACUUUAUAGCUGCAGGCAUUGAAACGCUAGCUAAUACGCUGCUGUUUGUGCUCAGCUCUGUCACCGGUGAGCCGACGAUCAUACCUCGCAUACUCAACGAGUUUAUAGAGUAUCGUGAUACGAACAUACUGCAGGAUGCGCUCACCAAUGCCACCUACACCAAAGCCUGCAUACAGGAGUCCUACAGACUGCGGCCUACGGCCUUUUGCCUGGCGCGCAUACUCGAGGAGGAUAUGGAGCUCUCAGGCUAUUCGCUCAGCGCAGGCACUGUUGUACUGUGUCAAAACAUGGUUGCCUGUCACAAGGACAGCAACUUUCAAGAAGCCAAACAAUUUACGCCCGAGCGCUGGAUAGAUCCUGCCACGAGCAAUUUUACAGUGAAUGUGGAUAGCGCCAACAUUGUGGUGCCCUUUGGUGUGGGUCGUCGCACUUGUCCUGGCAAACGCUUUGUCGAAAUGGAGGUAGUGCUGCUGCUAGCCAAGCUUGUGCUGUCCUUUGAAGUCAGUUUCGUUAAGCCGCUGGAAACUGAGUUCGAGUUUUUGUUGGCGCCCAAGACGCCUUUAAGCCUUAAGCUGCGGGAUCGUGAGUACUAAAAGUUGUUGUAUUAAAUACAAUAUCUAAAGUUGCAACUAAAUUGUACAUAAGUUAAAAGCUCAUUUUGUGCGCUUCUCUAGCAUUUUAAACAACUAAUUUGU